AUGGUCAGGAGCAGUUAAUGCCUGCAGGCUCUCUUCGUAAAAAGAAACUGGCAAAAAGACCCGGAUACAUGAGGCCAGAAGCUCAGCGACAGAUAGAGUUUCAGUCCCUGGGUGCCUGCAAGCCAUUCAGUUCAGAAGAGCUCAAACAUGGCAGGCAGCAUUGUGGAGACUUUGAGAACUGCUCUCUACAGAGACAAUACAAAAAUAACUUUGAAUUCUUACACUGUAGUUCAGUUGCAAAUAGUGCUGUAGUUCCCCCUGAUGGGGUAACAAUGUUGGCCACUACUGGAAAUAUGCCAGGGAGCUGCAAAAAUCUUUCAUGUUACAAGAGUCCGCGGUCAGAAAACGCAGUGAUACCGGUUUACCCAGACACAGCAACAAGCAAAGGAGAUGUUUCUGCUGUAUGCUGUAUGUGGCAGAAGAGCCACGGCGCUAAAGUGAGCGAGCCCCAAAACAUGUAUGCUUUGGAUCAGACAGAAGUGAAUAACAACUGUGAAUAUCAAAACAGGGAUGUUGUUUCUCAUUCUGUUGGUUCACAUGAUAGCUUUAGUUCGAGUUUCAGCUUCAUACAGCUUUCCCUGAACUCGUCCUCUGGAGUAAGCGAUGCUGAAGGCAAGUCAGCCAUUGAGGAAGCUGAGUACAUUCUGCAUCCCAGCACCACAGGAAAUCUGCAGAAGGUAGAGGAGACAGCACAGACUUGUGAGCACUCGGGAGCUUUGAAUUGCUUCUCCAGGCCCAGAGAGGAUUUGGAGUAUGAAAAUGACAUCGCAAUGAGUGAUAGACUACAGGACUAUGAGACUGUCUCUCUCUCGGAUACAGAUGCAACAUUUUCGUAUUCUACAGAUUCUUCAGAUGCAGCAUCUGCUGGCUCUUCUGUCACCUCAGGCUAUGAAAGUAGCUUUACUGUUAGUGACCAUAACUGGGAUACUUUGAUGAAAAAAUAUGAACCAGUGCUACAGGACUGCCUGCUUGGCAACCGCAGUAUGUUAAAGAUAAAAUCCUUGAUCUUACGGCUUCAGAGGCUUCAAGAAAAGGCAAUAGAGGAAGAUGACUAUGACAGAGCUGAUAAAUUUAGACGGAAACUGGAAGAACUGGAGAAAGAGAAAAAUUCCUUAAAAUUUCAGCUUCCUUCAAGGCAUCCUUCAAUUAGCAGUUUUUUGGAUAGGUUCGUUACCCAAGUUCAAGCAGCAUUGCGCUGGGCUGCUGAUCAUCG